UGUGGGAGACUAAAAUCGAUGAUUGUAAAUGACAGGUCUAUCCUCAUAUCUUUUCAAUAUUUCCUAUAUUGAACAUUAAGAACACAAAUCAUUAAUGAUACAAAUGUAAAUUCAACCCAUAAUUGAUAAAUCACAUUGACACAAAUCCAAUAUGAAAUCCAACAAGCAAACAUGCACUUUUUAAAAAUCCAAAGUAAGAAAAUCCCACAUCCAUAAACAUCCAAAAUUUUACCUAAAUCCUUCAUUUUCUAAAAUCCAACAAAAAAGCGACCUCUGAAUUAAAAAACUAUAUUAUAGUGACAGUUCGAUCCCAGGUACCGGUUAGUAUAACAACACUAGUCUCCAACCAAUAGGAAGCUAGGAUUGUGAUGACUUUUUAUUAGAUUAGUUGACCUAGUGUAAAAUCAAAGCAGGGGUAUAAUUGUCAUUAUGAAAAAUCUGUUUAAAUAAUAAAAAAAUAAAAAUAAAAAAAUAUUUUUUUAUUUUCUGCCCAAAAAUUUGGUCGUCGGAAUUCGGUCACCGGUCGCCGGAAUCUAGUCGCCGGUCACCGGAAUAUGCUUUUUUGUCGCCGGAAUAUGCUAUCUUGUCAUCGGAAUACGCUCACCGUCGCCGGAAUAUGCUUACCGGCGUCGGAAUAUGCUUACCGGCAUCGGAAUCUAGUCACCGGGGCCGGAAUAUGCUUAUCGGCGCCGGAAUCCGGUCACUGACGGUCAUCGGAGUUUGGUCAACGGUCAUCGUUGACCGGUCAACGACCACCGGAUGUAUGGUCUACAUUGUGAGAUUUAUGGUUUGGUUUCUCACAUUUUUGUAUGCCUUUUGUGGUUUGCUUUAUCGCGUUUGUGGUUUGCAUUACGAAGUUCCUGGUUUGCUUUAUCGUAUUUGUGGUUUGCAUUGAGAAGUUUCUGGUUUGCUUUUAAAAACUUUGUGGUUUGCAUUGUGAGGUUUCUGAUUUGUUUUAAUAUAUUUGUGGUUUGCAUUAGAACGUUUAUGGUUUGCUUUUUUAUGGUUUGCUUUAACGUGUUUGUGGUUUGCAUUAUGAGGUUUCUGGUGUGUUUUUGAAAAUUCUGUGGUUUGCUUUGUGAGGUUUCUAGUUUGUUUUAAUAGAUUUUUUGUCUGCAUUAGGAUGUUUAUGGUUUGUUUGUGUGGUUUGCUUUAUCGUGUUUGUGGUUUGGAUUAUAAGGUUUCUGGUGUGUUUUUGAAAAUUCUGUGGUUUGCUUUAUGAGGUUUUUGGUUUGCUUUAAUAGAUUUUUGGUCUGCAUUAGGAUGUUACUGGUUUGUUUUUGUAGUUUGCUUUAUCGUGUUUGUAGUUUGCAUUAUGAGAUUUCAGGAGUGUUUUUUUUAUUUGUUUUAUCGUGUUCGUGGUUUGUAUAAAAAAGUUUCUGAUGUGCUUAAAACAUCAAAUUUCAAUUAUAUUCCAAAUCAAUUAAGAGAUAAACACUCAAAUUGCUAAUAGUAACAGUACCAGUGACCAAAAAAUCCCCAAAUCCAACAAUCAAAUUUCGAAUCCCCCCUUCUUCCCCAUCUCCAAAACCCUAAAAAAUCCCUCAAAUAUGUUGCCCAUCCCAGAAGAGCCGCUCCUGGCCCCAAACCCCCAUUCACCACCAAACCCCACUUCUCAGUUUCCCUUCCUUCCUUCGUUCCUCCCUUCUUCUUCCUCCAUCAAAUUAUUUCUCACGAAGUAAAAAACAAAACUGAAAUGGUUUCUAUGGAAACAGUUCAACCAGCAGUCAAUAAAUCCACCACCAUGGAUCAACCGACAUCAAGCCCUAGAAUCUCAUUCUCCUCCGAAUUCCUCGACGAGAACAACUUCAUCUCCAUCAGCCCCAACCACCGCCCCCGCGAAAUCCAAAACCAGAAACCUCCCCUAUCCCCAUCGCCGAUUCGAACCGCUGCGGAUCUCCAAUUCGAGUUCCUCUCCAACACCGGGCCGGCGGCGGCGGCGGGGCACGCCAAGAUGCUGACCGCCGACGAGCUCUUCUUCGAAGGGAAGCUCCUCGCGUUCUGGCAAAUGCAGCAAUCGGAGCGGCUCCACAAAAUCGGCCGGUUCAUGAAGGAAGUGCAAGUCGCCGAGGCCAGAGCCUUCUACGGGUUCCAGAUCGCGAUCGAGAACAUCUGUCACUUCCCCUGCCACUUACCACUCUCCCGCCUUCUCCGUUCUUCCGCCACCGUCACUUCCGUCUGCCGCUACCGUCGCGAACUCCAUCUAUCUCUUCUCUUUGUGGCCGUUGCUGCUGUCGCUGGUUGUCGUGAAGCUCUGGACGGAGAAAGAAUGGCGGAAUUAUUUUGGUCGGUGCAAGGAGAUCCAACCCCUGUGUACUUGAUAUUCGCAGGCGCCGGAGUAGGGUUUCUCCGCCGGAGGAGAGUUGGAAUUUGGGAAUCUCAUAGACUGCAGUCGGACUCGGAGGAGAACGCCAGCGUGGAGAAGGAGAACAGAGCGGAGGGGAAUUGGAUUUUGGGAUCUGAUUAAUUGUUAUUUUUUGGGAGCUACUAAUUAACGUCCUAACUUUUUAAAUUUGUCGCCCUAAAAUUACCCAAUUGACGAUUUUGCCCCCAAUUUAUUCUCAACCCUUAACCAAAUUUCGCCCUAGCAAUUCGUCGCCCGUCGCCACAGUUCGCCCUAGGGAUUCUUCGCCUAUCGCAGCCAUUCGCCCAAGGAUUCUUUGCCCGUCGCCACCGCAUGCCUUCUGCUGCGCCGAUCGAUGACGUAGAAGAGAAGAAAGAAUCUCGCCUCGCCUCUAAUGCAGCCGGCCAACUCUGGUUCUAUCCCACCCGCUGCCGCCUUCACACACCUCUGUUACUACAGGGUUUUGCUUCGCUUUACAUUCCAAUCCACAACCACCCGCAGCCAAGUACGACCCGCAACCAAUACACAAUGGUUCGGUUUGCUUGUUCUUCUUCGUUCCUUCUCUAGACAGCGGCAGAGGGAGUUGGGUGGAAGGCGGUAGCGACCGAUUUGCUUCUUGCAGCGGCGGAUCAGAGGUGACGGGCCGAGAUAUGUAACGCAGCAAAGGUGAGUUGGUGGCGGUUGAGUUUCGACAGAGCAGUUGGCGGCGGCGGUAGUCGAUUUCUGGCGGAAAGAAGGGGAAGGGGAUGGAUCGAUGAUGGGGUAGAAUGAAGGGAAAGGGUCAAUUUCGUUCAGGGCGGCAGUGCAGAGGUGAUGGCGAUUGUGUUUCGCCGGAGCGGAGGGCGGCGGCGGUAGUCGACGGCUGGUGGAAAGAUGGGGAAGCAGAUGUAUCGACGAUGGGGAAGAAUGAAGAGGAAGGGUUCAGGGGCAAAUUUGUCCGUGCAGUCAGUUUAGGGCGAUAAUUUCAAAUUUUUAGGGCGUUAAAUAGAAGUUCAGUAUUUUUAUUGUAAGUUUACAGUUUUGCUCUUAAUGAAUCAGGUUGUUACUGUAACAACAAAUAGAGUGUUGUUAUUGUAUCACGUCCCAUCAAUUUUUCCCUCGACAAACCCACUCUUUCAGUAAACUUGUCCGUGCAGUCAGUUUAGGGCGAUAAUUUCAAAUUUUUAGGGCGUUAAAUAGAAGUUCAGUAUUUUUAUUGUAAGUUUACAGUUUUGCUCUUAAUGAAUCAGGUUGUUACUGUAACAACAAAUAGAGUGUUGUUAUUGUAUCACGCCCCAUCAAUUUUUCCCUCGACAAACCCACUCUUUCAGUAAACAAAAAAGGUUCCA